AUGGCAUCUUCUUCUCGUCCAAGUUUUUCAAAAAUGAUGGAUGAAUAUUUUGAUAAUACUUUUGAUAAUGCUUUCGAUCAAGCUUUGGAUAAUCAAGUUAAUCAGCAUGGUGAUUUUGAAGAAGCAACCAACCCAAAGAAAACAAGAGUCCACAUUGAAAGAAAACGGGAAGAAGGGGAUAUCCGUUUAUGGAAUGAUUAUUUUAGCAAAGAUCCCGUAUAUUCUUCUCAAACAUUUCGACGCUGUUUUAGAAUGAACAAGGGAUUGUUCAUGCGUAUUGUUGAACGACUCUCCACUGAAUUUACAUUCUUUCAACAAAGGCGAGAUGCUACCGGAAAGUUCGGUUUCUCAACACUACAAAAGACUACAGCAGCAAUUCGUAUGAUGGCAUAUGGCUGUCCAGCUGAUGCCCUUAAUGAAUACCUCCGGCUUGCUCCAAGAACGGCACUUUCAUGCUUGGAACAUUUUGUGGAAAGAAUCAAUGAUUUAUUUGGAGAUGAGUAUCUAAGGAGACCCACACCGGAAGAUUUGCAACAACUACUCGAUAUUGGAGAGUUACGGGGAUUUCCUGGGAUGAUAGGAAGCAUCGACUGUACAUUAAACGAUAUCAAUGUUCUUGAUCGCUCACCUGUUUUUGAUGAUAUAUUACACGGUCAAGCUCCUAAAGUGAAAUAUAGUGUCAACAGCCAUGAGUAUCGUAUGGCUUACUAUCUCACAGAUGGUAUUUAUCCAGAAUGGGCUACUUUUGUCCAAUCUAUUCCACUUCCACAAGAUCAAAAAGCAUCCUUAUUUGCACAACAUCAAGAAUUUGUACGUAAAGAUGUCGAACGUGCUUUUGGAGUAUUGCAAGCUCGAUUUGCCAUAGUCAGAAACCGUGCUCUUUUUUGGGAUAAGGCAAAAAUUGGAAAGAUAAUGAGAGCGUGUAUCAUACUGCACAAUAUGAUAGUAGAAGACGAACGAGAUGGAUACACUCAGUUUAAUGUGUUAGAAUUCGCACAAGAACAAUCAAACAGAACUUCACAAGUAGAUGCCACAUAUUCUGUGGAACCUUCAAACCUCACGGAAAUGAUGAUCACUCAAAAUGAUAUUCGUGAUAGAAAAAGACAUCGACGAUUGAAAGCUGAUUUGGUUGAGAAUAUAUGA